UCGCCCUGCGCCGGCGUAAUCGGCGUAUUUUGUGGAGUUUUGGACAACAAUCUCGAUCCAUGCCGCUUUCCAGCGGCUUUUUCGACGAACUUUUUCCUCUGCCUCAAAGAAUUAAAUAAUUAAUUCAUUGGAAUCUGAGACGUUCACAAAGAAAGAGAAAUGUCCACCCACCAGUACGUGGUCACAGCUCACAAACCGACGGCGGUGACGGCCUGUGUUACAGGAAAUUUUACCUCUCCAACGGAUCUGAAUCUGAUCCUUGCUAAAAACAACAGGCUUGAGUUUUAUGUUGUGACUCCAGAAGGGCUGAGGGCGCUGAAAGAAAUAUGCAUCUACGGCAAAGUUUGUGUCAUGAAGUUCUUCCGACCAAAGAACGAGAAAAAAGACCUUCUUUUCAUCCUGACUGCCAGGUACAAUGCCAUGAUCUUGGAGGCAAUUGGAGAGGGUGACAAUUUAGAGAUUAAAACUAAAGCACACGGAAAUGUCGCUGACAAAAUAGGAAAGCCUUCGGAGACGGGCAUCCUGGCCAUCAUUGAUCCAGAGGCCAGAGCCAUCGGAUUGAGGCUGUACGACGGUCUUUUCAAAAUUAUUCCACUUGAGAGAGAUUGUGUUGAGCUAAAAGCGACCAGCAUUAGGAUGGAGGAAAUUCAAAUCCGUGACAUGGAGUUUUUACAUGGCUGUCCUUUGCCAACUGUUAUACUUAUCCACGAGGACCACAAUGGCAGGCACAUCAAGACCCACGAAAUUUCGUUAAAGGAUAAAGAAUUUGUCAAGACUCCAUGGAAGCAGGACAAUAUAGACUCAGACGCAUCUCUUAUCAUCCCAGUUCCUGAGCCUUGUGGUGGUGCCAUCAUUGUUGGUCAGGAGACAAUCCUCUACCACGAUGGCUCAAAAUACAUUGCAGUCACCCCUCCAGUUAUAAAGCAAAGCACAAUGAGCUGCUACGCCAGAGUUGAUGCCGAUGGCGGAAGAUAUCUCUUGGGUGACAUGUCUGGCAAGCUGAUGCUGCUUCUCCUUGAAAAGGAGGAAAAAAUGGAUGGAGCGGUUGUUGUGAAGGACCUAAAAAUUGAGGUCUUGGGUGAGAUUUCUAUUCCCGAGUGUAUCACGUAUUUGGAUAACGGAGUUGUCUUCGUUGGAUCACGACUUGGCGAUUCACAGCUGAUAAAGCUCAACACCAAGCCAGUCACUAAAAACUCGUAUCUCUCUGUCAUGGAAACUUUUACCAAUCUUGCUCCAAUCACUGACAUGGUUGUUGUUGAUCUGGAAAAGCAGGGCCAGGGUCAACUCGUAACUUGCUCAGGUGCAUUCAAAGAGGGAUCUCUGAGAAUUAUUAGAAAUGGCAUUGGCAUACAAGAGCUUGCGUCCAUUGACCUCCACGGUAUCAAGGGCAUGUGGCCUCUCAAGAUGGGACUAUCAAAAGAAUUUGACAAUACCCUAGUUCUCUCAUUCGUACAACAGACCAGGGUGCUGUCAUUGAACGGAGAUGAAGUGUCUGAGACGGAAAUUGCUGGAUUCCAGUCUGACUGCCAAACUUUCUUUUGUGGAAAUGUCUCCCACAAUCAAGUUCUCCAAAUUACCUCCCACUCUGCUAGGCUUGUUGCUACGGACACAAAGGAACUCAUCUACCAAUGGAAACCACCCACUGAGAAAAAUAUCAGCGUUGUAGCAAGUAACAAAGUUCAGAUUUUGUGUGCAACUGGAAACGACCUGUACUAUUUAGAGAUAGGGGAUAAAAUUAUUGACCAGAAAGCUCAUACCGUUUUGGUGAACGAAGUGGCUUGCCUGGACAUUUCCCUGCUUGAGCCAGGGACAGAAAGAGCUUCAAUUGCUGCUGUUGGUCUCUGGUCCGACAUCUCCGCCAGAGUUCUUAAGCUUCCUUCACUUGAGGAACUGAACAAAGAGUUUUUGGGGGGAGAAAUCAUCCCACGCUCCAUCCUGGUUGCAUGCUUUGAUGGCAUCAACUACUUGCUGUGUGCUCUAGGUGAUGGUUCAAUGUACUAUUUUAUUCUGAACAAAGAAACUGGUGUCAUGACCGACAAGAAAAGGGUCACCCUUGGUACUCAACCAACAGUGCUGCGCACUUUUGGUUCGAAUGCCAGCAGCACCAACGUCUUUGCCUGUUCGGACAGACCCACGGUCAUCUAUAGCUCCAAUCACAAGCUGGUGUUCUCAAAUGUAAACUUGAAGGAGGUCAACCACAUGUGCUCUUUGCAUGCUGAAGCUUACCCGGCCAGUUUAGCCCUUUGUACCGAUAGCACCAUGACCUUUGGCACCAUCGAUGAAAUCCAAAAACUGCACAUCCGAACCGUUCCUUUGGGAGAGUCGCCUCGCCGCAUCGCCUAUCAAGAAUCUUCACAGACCUUUGGAGUUGUGACAAUGAGACUGGACGUAAUGCGUGCUAAUGGCCUCCAGAUUGCUCGAAGCAGUGCUAGCACGAUGGCGGUCAACACCAGUAGCUCAGCAGCGGCCGUUUUCAAAGGCGGAGUAGCGUCGAUGCCUGCCCUUGACAUUGGACAAGAGACGGAGGUGCACAACCUGCUUGUGGUUGAUCAGCACACAUUUGAAGUCCAUCAUUGUCACCAGCUAAUGCCUUCAGAGUAUGCCAUCAGUCUUGUUUCGGCACGCUUGGGUGACGACCCGAGGACGUACUACAUUGUGGGCACUGCCCUGGUCAAUCCGGAAGAGAGCGAGCCAAAGGCAGGACGGAUUGUGGUGUUUUUGUUUGAAGAUGGAAAACUGACGCAGGUGUCCGAGAAGGAGAUCAAAGGCGCCUGCUAUUCUCUCAUAGAGUUCAAUGGUAAACUGCUGGCGGCCAUCAACAGCACGGUUCGAUUGUUUGAGUGGACCAACGAGAGAGAGUUGAGACUGGAGUGCAGUCACUUCAAUAACAUAAUUGCACUCUUCCUGAAAGCCAAAGGCGACUUCAUUCUGGUUGGCGAUUUGAUGAGAUCCAUGACUCUUCUUCAAUACAAAACAAUGGAGGGAAAUUUUGAGGAGAUUGCCCGAGACUUCCACCCCAACUGGAUGACUGCUGUAGAAAUCAUCGAUGAUGAUACCUUUUUGGGCGGUGAAAAUUCCUUCAAUUUGUUUGUUUGCCAGAAAGAUAGUGCUGCCACAGCUGAUGAAGAUCGGCAGCAAAUGAUAGAAUGCGGACUGUUCCACGUCGGUGACAUGGUCAAUGUUUUCCGACAUGGUUCUCUAACAAUGCAGCAUGUCUUUGAAACCUCUGUCCCAACCCAUGGAUGCAUCCUCUAUGGCACAGUAAAUGGUUCAAUUGGUCUCGUAACUCAGGUGCCUCAGGAGUUCUACGAAUUCCUCUCUGCACUUCAGUCACGCUUGGUCACUGCUAUUAAGUCUGUUGGAAAAAUUGACCACUCAUUCUGGCGCAGCUUUAAUAAUGAGGUCAAGAUGGAACCCAGUGAAAACUUUAUUGAUGGAGAUUUGAUCGAAAGCUUCUUAGACUUGCCGAGAGAAACAAUGCAAAAAGUUUGCACUGGUCUCCAGAGAGAUGCAACUGGAAGUGGUACGAAGCAAGAUGUCACGGUCGAUGAAUUGGUGAAGAUUGUGGAGGAUUUAACUCGUAUUCACUAAAUUGCGUCUAUAAUUUUUUAUUUUAAGUCUUACAGUGUGUAAAAAUAAAUCAUAGUAAACGUA